AUGUUGCCAGCAGACCUCGCGCUGGUCAUUCAGGGUCUUGAGCUGAACAAUCUCAGUCCGAAGAGCUUGGAUCUCGUGCGGCGCAAGUGCAACUCCUGCGACUGCGCCAACCCCUGCCCUGGCAACUUGAUUCUUGAGUUGUUCGUUCUCGCGACGCAGCGACCUCGCCUCUUCCUCCGCGUCCUUGAGUUGUUUGCGCACUUCGGCGAGGAUCUCGAGAGCCUCCCGCGGGGCCUCCUGCGCCCUGGUGCGGUACUCUCUCAAGGAUUGCUCCAGGGCAAUCUUGUCCUUCUCCGCGAUCUCAAGCCUUCGCUCGACGUCUUUCGCUCCGGACGCAGCCAACCGCAGCGUUCUCGCGUCCUCGCGGGCCGCUGCCAACUGUGCACGGAGGACAGUGGUCUCCUGACGUUCUUUCUCCAGCUCAACUUGCAUGCGGGAGAGAUCCUGGCUAGGCUGGGCAUCUGCUGCUGUCCAGGGGUCGUUUUGUCGCUGGUCCCUGCCCCCAGACUUCGGGACAUGAUCGGGCGGUACAUGAAGGGCCUGAGGCAAUCCAUUUGUCCUGUACGUUUCUGCGGGGUGCCAUCGCCCUGUGCUCCCAGGAGCAACGGCAGAUGGAUGCACCGACGGCGACUCGAGAGAAGGCACGGGACCUUCUGA